AUGGGAAACGGAGCCAAAGCCCAGAUGAAGCGCGAGCGCAACGCCAAGGACGCUGGCAAGGGUGGCAAGUCGCAGUUGAAGGCCAACGAAGCCGCCAAAGACAUCAUCUGCCAGAUCUGCAGAUCGACCUUCCUCAAGACGGCCAAGGCCCCCGCCCUCACCGAGCACGCUCAGAACAAGCACAACAAGACCCUCCAGGAGUGCUUCCCUUCCUUCGCCUAG